UGACAUCCUCAAUCACCCUCUCACCUUCCCCCGAUCGUCACGCUGGGUUCUUACAAUGGCGCCAAUGAAAAACAAUUCCAAUUCGAGUAGUAGUAAUUACGGCGAGGUCCCGGCCGCCCAGGUCAAUGUCCUCGCCAGCUGCUACGUCGUCGACCCUCAGGCCUCCCUCAAGGGCCUGCACUACUGCACUACCGGGGCUGCAGGGGCCGAGUGGUAUUCCUGAGGUCCCUAUCUCAGGAAUGCCCUCGCCCCCCUCAAGCCCCCCUCUCGCCGCCCUCACGGCCUCUAACGAGCUGGCCCUCCAGCCAAAGCCGUCCAAGAGCAACCGUGCCAACAGCGCCAGCCAUGCCAGCCGCAGCCGCCGACGAGGGGGGGCAACACUCCAGAUCAGGGAAGAAUGUGAGAGAUUCUUUUGCGAGACCAUGAAAGCCGUGUUCCAAGGUGAGCGGGACAUGGCCGGUAGUGUCUCCGGCCUGACUGGUGUGUACAGCAGCGUGCUGACACCACCGCCCGACGACUAUCCUACACCUCCGUCAUCCUUCUCCAGCACCUACAGCGGACGUUACGUAGCUCCGCCUGUAGCCGCCAUGGGAUGGAUGGAGUUCUGGGAUUAUGCCGGAGGCACCAGCUUCCGCGCUUUCGUCGCCGAGGAGGACAAUGGAGACAAGUCCCUAUUCGCAUUCUUUGACAGCGGGCUUGUCAACGAUAGGCGUGACCUCAAGCAAGCACUCAUCGCGCUAAUUGAGCUUGCUGACGUCCCUAUGGGAUGCUCACGCCUGGUAGUCUGUCUGGACCGGGUCAUCCCCGAGCAAGACAAUAAGACCUUGAUGAGAAAUCUUCAAUGGGCAGGGUUCGAGUUGACUACACUUGACCAUUGGGCCAAGGCCAUCGACGUGACUAGCGACAAAUGGCUGUUCAUGGAGAUGGAAAUCUGAGACACUGUCAGGAUCCGCAGACUCUGCAAUCUUCUGAAGGUUGCCCAAGCUCUUUCACUUCUUGCCUUCAAAAUUCGGCGCCAUCCUUUACAGUUCGCCACUUUGUGGCUCAAAAUUUUGUCUCCUUCGUCCGCCUGCGCUCGUUGUUCGCAUGGAGUUUGCCGGUUGAUCGUCUCAUGCUCAGUUUGUUGUUGAACGUGCUCGGAGUUCACAACCAGUCAUCAGCGUUUUCCUCUCUUGUUCUCUUGAGCAGCUCAUGACACUUGACAUUUUUCGAGAGCACUGCUUCUCUUUUGAUUUUCGUUCCCUGUUCGACUA